GGCUCCUGUCAAACAUCUGGUGUUGGUGCUGAGUUCAGUGCCAGUUGAGGAGAGCCGAAAUCAUUUCGAGUAUUUUUUACCCUGCCUCUCUCUCUCUCUCUCUUAUCUGUUGUGGGUCUUAUCAAGUGGUUAUCUCUUUUCUGCAAAGACAUAUUACGUUUUGUUUCCUAUCUGUUACGUUGGGUGUUUUUUGGGGUAAUUAUGAUGAGGCUACAUGAAGAGGGAGGACGGACUCACGACACGGAUGGAUUCAGAUCUUCAGCGUAAAACCCUGUAUGGGGUGUGUGUGCGUGCGCAUGUGUUUUCUGGGAAUAUAGUCCAUUUGUGCUCAGUCAUUCAUGUCACGCAGUUCAACUUUCAAUUUAGGACAUUACAAGACGACACAAAAAUCAUAAAUUUCCCGAUGCACUCUUCAUUUUCCACACACUGUGAGAUAUAAAAGGGAUCCUGGAUGGACCUGGGUGAUAACAGCUGGUCCAUGGUCAAGCGCGAAGUGUCCAGCAGCAGCAGCCCAGGGUCUCCGGCUGAGCAAAGCUACCUGAACACUGACCGGAGGGACCGGCUGAGAUCCCCGGCGCCGACUCACCUGGACCCGGUGGGAUCCCGUCGCGCGGAGGGCAGGCCCCUACACUCCUACGUCCACUUCGGGCAUCCUAACAACGCCCUGCCCAGUUCUGACGACGUUACACUCUUCACGGAUUUAGACCAGGGCAACAAACUCAUCAUCUCAGGUGGACACCCCAGGGAGACGCAUAAGGGAGGCCUCAUUGUGGACCCUACCGACAUGUAUCAGACCCUGGCCAUCGCGGCGGCCCAGAGCCAGGCCGGUUAUAACGACACGCCGUCGGCCGGUUACAUGCACUCCAACCCCACUUCUCCCGUUUAUGUGCCUACGUCUCGCGUUGGAACGAUGAUACCGAAUUUGUCUUACCUGCCACCCGGCGUGUCAACACAGCCGAGCCACGCGGUGAGCAGUCACUCGGUGUGGUCUCAGCCCGCGCCCGAGAGCCCGUCCUACAGCACUGGAAGCCCGCAUACCUCCAACCGGUUCCACUACUCCCCAAGUCCGCCGAUGAAUAACGGCACAUCGAGGGAUACCAGCUACACUACUCCUCUGAAUGUAAACAGUCGCGACCAGUACCUUUCAAGACCGAUAAGUGGAUCUUACCCGAGCCCGUACCCUCCGUAUGUCACACCGCAGCUCUCACAGCUACCGGCGGCGUGGCCCGCGGGACCCUUCGAGAACUCCAUGCUGCACUCACUGCAAUCCCGAAGCGCACCGCUGGCCAUCAGGGGCCCCAACGGAGAUCUGCUGGAGGAGAUGGUGGAGAGCCGGGAGUGCGUAAACUGCGGCUCCAUGUCCACCCCGCUGUGGAGACGCGACGGCACGGGACACUUUCUCUGCAACGCCUGCGGGCUGUACAGCAAAAUGAAUGGACUCAGCCGACCAUUAAUUAAACCUCAGAAGCGCAUGUCUUCCUCCCGGCGGAUCGGACUGUCAUGCGCAAACUGUCAGACGAGCACCACAACACUGUGGCGCAGAAACGCGGAGGGAGAGCCCGUGUGCAACGCCUGUGGUCUUUACACCAAGUUACACGGGGUGCCUCGGCCCCUUGCCAUGAAGAAAGAAGGCAUUCAGACAAGGAAAAGAAAACCAAAGUCUUUGAGCAAAGUGAAAGGAUCAUCUGGCAGCAGCUCGGUCCCCAUGACUCCAACUUCUUCAUCGUCUUCUAACUCAGAGGAGUGCACAAAAAACAGUCCUUCGUCAACACAGGUGCCUGUAACAUCAGUCAACUCUUCAACACUUGUGGGCCAAGUUGAUGUCCCGGGCACGACCGGCUCCAUGGUAAAGUUCCCCGGCCAGGAGAGCCUGUACACCAAUGUAGGCUUGACGUCCAGCGCUGACGUGGCCAGUUCUGUCAGAGGGGACUCUUGGUGCCCCAUGGCCUUGGCCUAAAGCCUGGCAUCACGGGGACCAUUCGCCGUCCUUCAGCUCUCUAGGGCAUGUUUUUCGGUGUGUGUUGGUGAUCUUGAGGCUGAUUCCUUUCAAAUACUCCACUUUUGUUUUGUUUUAAUUCACCAAUGGGAAUACGGGACGUCCUUGAUGGAGAUUAUCAAUGCUUCUCUUGAGGAUGACGCCUUAGAAGAGUCUACUUUUUUGGUACUUUUGGAGCACCGUCAGUGUUGGAGGAAGUAGAUUUGUACAUAUUGAUGCCAACGGAUACUUCGGCUAUCUGGAAACACACACGUGAGGUUUUUGAUUGGAUUGUGGUGAUCUGAAGAGAGAGAGAGAGAUAAUAAAGAAAUAAUGAUUGAUCGUUCUGAAACUGGAAGAUGUCAAGGAGUUCUUGACAAACGCAAACAUAUUUAUGAAGCUACGGUUGUUCUAAUAAUGCAUAUAUUUGUCAAUAAAGUAAUAGGACUGAA